AUGGAGUCGUGGUACAGCAAGCAGGUGAUUGAGAUUCGUACUGGUAACCGCCAUGCCGCUGAUGCCGCCAGUAUUAAGGAGAAGGUGAAAACGCUUCGUGCUGAGCUCACUGAAAUGCGUAGCAAGCUGGCCAAUCUGGAAGGACGUAACCACAUUCUCGAAAAGCUCAUCCAAGACCUCACCUACCAAAUCGAGGAUGAGAAUCGCGUGUCGAUGGCACACCUUAGCGAGAAAGACGAUGAGAUCCGAGCCGUACGAGCUCAGUGCCAAGCCAUCACCGUUGAACUUGAGAAGCUCAUUGUUGAAAAAGUUAAUCUCGACGCCGAGAUUAGCAAAUACCGUCAGUUGUUGGAAGGAGAAGAGAACAGAGCACAUGGGCGGGUCAUCUCUACGGCUAGUCACUCGUUCGAGCCUACAACGCAGACUAACGUGCACGUCCGCUCAAGCGCUUUGCGCCGCGUAACCGGGACAAAUCGCUCUGAUACUCAGCGAUCCGCCCAAGGAAAUGUCUCCAUUUCGGAAGUUGCGUCCGAUGGAUCUUUUGUCACCAUUGAAAACACCUCUGUAUCUCAUGACGAAAUGAUUGGAGACUGGAAGCUUCGCAGCUCGGGAUCUGGUCGUGAAAUCACCUUCACCUUCCCGAAAGAUUUCAGGUUGACACCGAAAUCAAAAGUAACGAUUUUCGCCCGCGGCAGAGGAGUUCAUUCGCCACCUCACUCACUGGUAUUUGAUACUGAGGAAUCUUUCGCUACCGGUGGUGAUGUGCGUACCCAGCUGUUCAACGAGGAGAAUCAGGAACGUGCCUCGCUCAUUCAACGUUCGGCGUACUGA